GACAGAAAUUACCUACCUAUGAUUUAUCCGCUUACAUCUCUCACAGUCAUACGGCCUGGGUUCUCGCAGGCUUCCCACCUGUAAAAAUCUCCAUGAUAGGCCGAUCGAGCCUUAAGUACGCUUCGAGAAGCCCUCCUCUCCUCGCGUUGAAUGGCAACCCCCACCUCGUCUUCCCGUCGCACUUGAGACCGCCCCCCCAAACGUCCAUCUUCAGAACGGCACCACUUCCCACUGCUCUCUUCGACGAACCUAACCUAUCCGUGCUACGAGCCUCCCCCAAGGACAGGGUUUACGACGCCCGGUUUCUUCUGCUCCAGAGUGCCUCCUUCGAGACCCACGAGUUGGAUGUGUUAGCCGCGAAGGCCUUCCCCCUCAGGAUGUGGAACUGGGUCCAGAUCGUGACGACGCCCACUGCCGAUACCCAUGGCACCUGCUUGUUGCUUCACUUCGACAACAAGCGCUACAUUUUCGGGAACAUUUGCGAGGGCACCCAGCGUACUCUAAUGCAGCGGAAGAUCGGGUUCACCAAGGUGGAAGAUAUCUUCGUGGCGGGCCCUGUCAACUGGCGGAAUGCCGGCGGACUCCUCGGCACUGUCCUCUGCGUCGCCGACAGUCUGGCGGCGGCAAAAGAGAGCGCUAGAUUGUCCACUAAGAGAUCGAAGCGGAAGAAGAUCGACGAAAUCCAGUCAAAGCUUAGGGUACACGGGGGGAAGAACAUCUCACACCUGCUGGCCACUGCUAGACGCUUCAUAUUCCGAAAGGGCCUCCCUUUGAUUCCGCACGAGGUCCACAAGGACCCUCGCCCGACGGAACCAGCUUCGAAGCCGGAUUGGCAGGAUUCUAACAUCAAUGUGUGGUACAUACCCCUCCAGCCCGCGUCAGAUACACACGCUAGGCCUCAGAAGCGGACGCACGACGAGUUCGUGGAAGCCGCGGAGCCGUCGACAUCCCCCUCCGACGAUGAAGACAGCAGACGGCUGGUAGAGACUGUGGUGACUCAGAUGUUCGACUCAAGCUGGAAGAUGGAUGCGCUCAUAGAGACGACUCUGCACCAAGCAAAACUACCGGCCAAGCUGUUUUUCCGAGAUGACAACGGCCACAUCCAAGUUUAUACGGGGCCGCUACCCGGGAGUGGUCGGGAAGUGCCCGACAUACCCGUACUGGUGCACCAGCCGUGGCCCGGGACCAUGGUUGCUUCCUUACCACGAACGUCGCCAUCUUACCAAUCCAUGUGUUACAUUGUCAAGAGCUACGACAGGCGGGGGAGGUUCAACCCCCAAGUGGCUACGGAGCACGGCGUAGACAGAUGUGAUUUCAAGCUCCUCACGAACGGGCAAAGCGUCGUAGGCAAAGACGGAGUAGUUGUGACUCCCGCCAUGGUUUUGGGAGAGACCGUCUCUGGGAGUGGCUUUGCUAUUGUCGAUUUACCAGAUACGUCUUACGUUGAUUCGCUCGUGAAUCGUGCCGAGUGGUCGGACGAAACGAUAAUGAAAGGUAUCGAGGCCAUUUUCUGGAAUUUGGGCCAUGAGGUUGAGAGUGACCCUCGGUUACAGUAUUUCAUGAAGACGCGGUCGUCAAUAAAGCAUAUCGUCUGUUCGGCAGACAUUUGUCCGAACAUGAUCGCGCUGGAGUCCGUUGCUACUCAAUCCUAUAAGUUGAGGUGUAUUGAUCCCGAUCGAUUUCGCAUACCGGUGUUUAGCAACGAGCUUUCGCUCUCGAACACGCCAAUCAACAAAGCUUCUGACAUCUACGAGGCCGGUCGGGCCGGGAAAACGAUCCAGUUCGCCCCCCAGUUCCUGUACCUGGAUGACAAGAUCGUCCCGUUCCCGGAUAUCCGAAAGCUGGCUGAGGCCGGUCGAAAACUAGAAGUGUUAGAGCUGGCCGCGCAGGCGAGAGCGAGAGUUUCGGACCCCGAGUUUCUUGCCAAAAUAGAGAAGGUGGAAUCGGACAUACCGCAUCGCGACGCGGAAGUAAUCUCGCUGGGGACUGGCUCUGCUCAACCAUCCAAGUAUCGCAGCGUCUCUGCCACUCUCGUGUGCGUCCCAGGCUGCGGCAAUUACCUAUUCGACUGCGGCGAAAACACCCUUGGCCAGCUACGUCGAGUGUUCGGCGAUGGCUUGCCCGAGGUCUUACGAAAUUUGAAGGGCAUAUGGAUCAGUCACCUUCACGCGGACCACCACUUGGGAACGGCCACCGUCAUCAAAGCCUGGCAUGAGGAAACGAGCCAGUCGAAUCCCUCGGCGAAGCUGCUCGUCGCGUCUCAUCGCCACAUGAUAGACUGGCUCCGAGAAUAUGCGGAUAUCGAGAAUUACGGGUUUGAUCGUCUUGUGAAAACUGCUUUCAGCUCCAGCUUUCCGGGUACGCGAAUCUGCGCACCGCGUGUACUCACGGAAGAAGAGAGAGAAUUGUUCGGUCUGGUGCGGAUAGACGCCUGCUUCGUGAGCCAUUGUUUUGGAUCUCUCGCCACAGUGUUUACCUUCCCGUCGGGCCUGAAAGUAUCGUAUUCCGGCGAUUGCAGGCCAAGCCCCGACUUCGUCCAGAUCGGAAAGGGCACGACGCUAUUGAUUCACGAGAGCACGUUCGAUGACGAGCUACAGGGCGACGCCAUCGCGAAGAAGCACUCGACCAUGUCGGAGGCGAUCGACGUUGGUCGACGCAUGGGGGCGAGGAGGAUUCUACUGACGCAUUUCUCGCAACGGUACCAGAAGGUGCCGAUCAUGAAGGAAUCCAUGGAAAUACCAGUUGACUCUGAGGGCGACGAGAAGGCGGAGUUGGACACGGUCGUACUAUUAGCCUUCGACUACAUGCGCGUAAAGUUGGGAGACUUCAGAAAGGCACAGGCCUUCCUGCCAGCCAUACAAAAGCUGUUCGAAGACAUAGGAGACCAAUGACAGCCCUAAGGGUGUGUGUACAGAUAGGCGGUAUGCCAUCGACCUCUCUCCUCUAGGUGUCUUCUUUCGCCACAUACCUGCCCUAAGUAAUUAUACUGCUGUCCUCUGCCCUCCCAGCUCGCAUCUACUCCUGGAAACUAAGAAGUGGGGUGGUCCGGAUUGCCAACUGCUCGUACUCGUUCUGCGGCCGAACCGGGUCCUUAUAUUCUACGAAGAUAGCUAAGCCGGCUAUAUUCGCUCCAUGAGAGGAACAAGGCGACUGUAGUGCCUAAUAUCGACUAUGUAACAUAGAGGUCGCCCGAACCCCUUCGAGUCUAAUCACUCCCCGCUACAUCUUGAUCGCCAAUAGGGGCUACUAG